UAGAGAAAUUAGACACCAAUUAAAUGCCAAUCAAAGUCAAACUAAUUGAACCUUUAACAAGCUCAAAGUCCAUCAAGAGCAGGACCUCCCUUUCCCAGAGAAUUUAAUUCCCACCGUAAUUUUCAAGAAAAAGAAUAUAAAGCACCAAUCAUCUCAUUCUCGCCCACGCGAUCUCCGUCUUCGCAUGUCGACCCUCUAUUCAACCGAACUCACAUAUUUUGCUCUCAAUUUAUACUGAAGCUUUUGACAAGAGUAAUAAUGGGUGAAACUGAAGGUGGGUCUCUAGAGAAAUCAACAGAGGAUGAGUUUUGUCCAAAGGAGAUUAGAGUCUUGGCAGUUGAUGAUGAUGCUGUUUGCUUAAAGAUGCUUGAGAGACUUCUAUUGAAAUGCGGCUACCAAGUUACUAUUGCACAUCAUCCAAAUAAAGCUUUGCAAAUAUUACGAGAAAACAAGGGAAAUUAUGAUAUUGUAAUAAGUGAUGUUAAGAUGCCAGACAUGGAUGGAUUCACGCUUACAGAGAUUGUUGGUGUUGAGAUGAACUUGCCUGUAAUUAUGUUUUCUGUUGACAGUGAAGUCAAAACAGUGAUGAAAGGAAUAAAACAUGGAGCUUGUGACUAUCUAGUGAAACCCGUGCGAUUAGAAGAACUCCAGCUCAUAUGGAAGCAUGUAAUGAAGAAAUCACUGCUUGAUGCAAAGGUCACCAACGAUGAUGCUAACAAGCUUGAAACUAUAUCAGAAUCUGAAGAAGACAAAGGCGUUGGAUAUAGUGAUGAAGACUCAGAUGAAGACCUCGCCGCUCCAAAGAAGCCUAGGGUUGCUUGGAAAUCGGAUCUACACUCUAAGUUCAUAGAUGCCAUUAACAAAUUAGGCUUAGACCGAGCAGUCCCCAAAAAAAUACUUGAUCUCAUGAAUGUCCCUGGGCUUACAAGAGAGAAUGUUGCCAGUCAUUUACAGAAGUACAGGAAAUCCCUGAAGGAAAAUAGCAUUGCGGUUACCCAACACUAUUUUAGUAAUAUUGAUUCCAGUGGAAGUGGUGCAAAUACUGCAAAUCCUGGUCUCUCGUCUUUCAUUAAUCAAGUUUCUAGUGUUAGCUCUCUUGGAGGAUUUCAAGUUCAGGCACCCCAAAACCAUCAACAGCCAAUUCCAUUUGCUACAUUUCAACAAUCCCAUAUUGGUCACAAUCCUAUGGCUCAAACAUGGUUCCGAUUUCCUUACGUCGAUCAAAACAAUAUACCCCACCCCUAUUCAUCGACUCCUCAGGCAAACCGAUUAAGUUUCAACCAUUUUGGCUCUUCAUCAAACCCUUUGGUUAUGCAAACAAGCUCUCCUCAAUUAGCAUCCAAUCCCAGGAUUUACCAAUCUCUUGUCCCAGGAAUGAAUCAAUCUUCUAGCUUUAGGGAAAAUGGUUCUAGUAUUCAUGGGCUCAAUGGUAUAACUCCUAGUCCAAGUUCAAUUAAUCAACUCGGAUUUGUUCCUAGCCAACAAGGUUUUGAUUCAACACUUGAGCAGAGGUCAGAACGUGGUGGCCUCAAAGAUACGUUUGCAGCUGGAUUUGAUGCAUUGGUUCCAAUGCAACAUCAUCAAGGUCAACCAAAUCAGUUCAAUGCUCAGACUGGAUCAGAUUUUAAAUUUGGUACCGAAAUGAAUGAAAAUUCAAUGAUCCCAGAAAGCAGCGGACGGGAACAAUUAGAGGGAGUUAACUCAUUGGAACACUUAGCACCGUUUCUGGACUAUUCACUGGACAAAAUACCGUUUCACCUCAGUAAUAGUGAUUCAGCGGAUGAUCUUCAUUCAGUGUUUCAUCAGUUUCAAGGAUCCAAAGAUAUUGAUGACGGGGAUAACCUUUGAGCUUGGAGCGGUAAAAUCUGGUAAAAAUGCAAUAGUGGUGGACAAUCCAGUAUUCAGUUGGAAUAUAUGCAUGAGCUUUGCUACCGACUCCGUAGUUGUUGUAAUACCUGCUGAAAAUUUGAGACGGUUUUCAGUUUUAUUUACAUUUUGUUAUGUCAUAGAGCAUCAAACGGGGAGAAAACGAAAUCCAUGUAUUUUCUGUUUUACAUAAUGAACUGUGAGGCUAUGUUUGGAUACGAGGUAAUUGAAGUAAAUGUAAAAUGUAGUAAAUUUCUUUUUCACUUCAAUUCCUUGAAUCCAAGUGGAGCCUUGGAUGUUCUAAAUUGUCUUGUAAUUGAAAUAUUGAACUUCUAAAAAAAGUGGUAAUUUGAAAGACUAUUGCGGU